CACAAAAGAAAAGUUUUUUAUGGGUGUCUGCACAGCAAAGUAACAAGCACAGAGGGGAAAUCAAAAGUUUUGUUUCUGACUGACCCAGUACGUGAUGUGUGUCAGUAGGGCUCCGUGGGUUGGUUCAGAGGUUCGGCUUUGAAUGAAGACGACGUCAUAAUGCCUGUAGGUUGGCACUAGAGAUAAUUCGGGUAAGGAAGAAAACGUCUCCGGUUACUUACUCAAUAGCGAGGGGGCAAAGCAAGGAAAAGGGGGAAAAAGCAUUAAAGCGUCUGCCCAAAGCGGAAACAUCUAGGCAACGAAUACUUUGUUAAAACCUCGAGGAAUUUAACCAGCUAAUUGUGAGGGAAAAACGUCCGCAUCCUGGAUGUAACUCAUUCAUUUUGGAACAUUUCUGCAUCGGGGAAAUUCCGAAUGAGGCCUUCCAAAUCCCUUGUGCCUUCAGGAUGUUUUUUGGUCUUCUAGACUUUGGGGUCCACAAUUCAUAUGGUCUCCAAAGACUGAAGGACAGCCUUAGGAUCUGCUAAAAAGGUGUCUCCCCAGAGUGAUGUCAGCGGGCAGGCCCUGAGGACUCUCCUGCAGUAAGAUGUAGCGCCGUGGCGAGGUGUCCAAAGUGAGAGGGAUCGACACAUCGGGCCAGGAAGUCGCUACGGAGGGGGAGCAGCCCAACAGCCAAGUCGUCGGUGGGAGAUAAGAUAAGCGGUUAAUCAUUCUCCGGAAGCCCUGGGAAACCUUUGACGACGUUACACCUCAGAAUGCUUUUUGCUGUACUGUGAGUUGCCCUUCUUCGCUCUCGAGGGAUAUAACAUUCAGAGCGCUAAGGCGAGCAUCUAAAAACCCGUGACCACCUCGGACACGCAAGACAGGAACUCGGCCCGCACCCGCCAUCAUGUGUCAUGUGAUUGUGACCUGCCGCUCCAUGCUGUGGACUCUGCUGAGCAUUGUGGUGGCCUUCGGAGAGCUCAUAGCCUUCAUGAGCACAGAUUGGCUGGUGGGCUCCCCACGGGUGCCUGAGGCCAAGCUAGAUUCACACAUCUCCCCUGAACCGUACCGUCCAACGUUGGGGAUCUACGGGCGCUGCAUCAAGGUGACCGGCUUCCGUCGGGACGUCUUGUGCGGGCCUUACGCCGUCCACUUUGGAGAGAUAGCCAGCGGCUUCUGGCAGGCCACCUCCAUCUUCCUGGCAGCUGGCAUCUUGCUGCUGUGCGCUGUGGCCUUCAUCUCCGUCUUCACCAUGUGCUUCCAGAGCAUCAUGAAGAAGAGCAUCUUCAACGUGUGCGGCCUCCUGCAGGGCAUCGCCGGGCUGUUCCUAAUCCUGGGCCUAAUGCUGUAUCCUGCUGGCUGGGGUUCAGAUAAGGUCGUGACCUACUGUGGAACAGAGGCAUCGCCUUACAAGCCGGGCAUGUGCUCACUGGGCUGGGCCUUCUACACGGCCAUCGGCGGCACCCGCGCUCACCUUCAUCUGCGCAGUCUUCUCUGCACAGGCUGAGAUCGCCACCUCCAGCGAUAAGGUGCAAGAAGAGAUCGAGGAAGGCAAGAGUCUCAUCUGCCUACUGUGAAGCCCUGCCCCCCCCCCCCCCCCCCCACACACACCUAUGAUGGCCACUGGUCAGUGGGCCCCUUUAUCGCUCACGAAAGGGAUCAAGACUUUGUUUACCACUAAGACCCCUAAGCGGUCUGUCUCUGUGUUCGCUCAAACUAAACCCCAUGUGUCUGCAUGUUUCCCCCUGGUGCCAGUGGGGGGCGCCUGGUGUCCCACCGCCCAGCGUUGGCUGUAAGCUUGUAAAUACUUGUACAGAAUGAUCAGCCAGACAGCGUGGGAAAUCGAUCUCAAGUUUUCCUUAAUCUCCAACUUUGAAAACCAGCAGGCUUCUCAGUAAUUGGUUACCAGUGUUGACCUGGCAUAUGCUGGGUUGUACAAGAAAACCACUACUUCAGCUGUAUUAGAAAACUGUCUCGAAUGCCAAUAUUUUAGCCUUGAUUUCUAAUGCUACCGAAUGUAAGACCCUUUAAUUGUAUUUAAAAAUAUACCUGUACAUGUUUAUAGGUCACUAUAAAAACUCCGCCCAGGACUGUGGAAUUAAAUGAACCUUGCCCGCAGCCACCUCUUCUCCCUGUGUGCCCCCCUUUUCGCCUGGGGGUGACACGCUUCUAACAUGCAGGCAGAAAUGCCAGCUUAGUGCCGCGCUCAGCUGCCUGAAAACGUUGUCCUCCUGCUCUCCCUGAUGCAUGAUGUCAUGCAAUGCUGCAUCUCCAUGAGGCUGCUGUAGAAAGGAGCGAGUGGAAAGCGGAGGCCUGGCGGCUUGUACUGCGGGGCCUCCUCAGAGGAAGGAGGUGGCCCUGGAGGGCCUCCCUGUUGCGUUUCUCGCUGAUGGCGGGGGCCUGCCAGCUGAAGAGGGCCGAUGGUCAGCGAGCUUCUGGCAUCUUCUCCAGGAGGAUCCCUUAUGACAUCUCUGCUGCUUUCCCUCCGCUCCACUGGCCAUCUUAACGUACGAGAAUGUAUGAAGUGCCAAACGUUUGCAAAAGGAGACACUGCUUUCUUGCUUAUCGCAUUCUUUACAACUCACCUGGAAAUCUUUUAAAAAAUUUGUUGAUGGAAAUAGUGAUAUGAAGCUGUCUGCCAGUGCUGGUGAGCCAGAUAGUUUGUGUGUGCAUGUCUGUGUGCUGGGGGGCUUUAUUCUGUAACUGGUUAUCAGUAGAAACUUUCCAUACUGGUUUUCCCCUGUCCAGGCCCAUUGCAGCGUUAGUCUGGUUUAAUGCGGUGCUGGUUCUGCACACUGGACUGCUCUAUUCAGUGCCUGGCCUAUAUUCUGCUGUGUUGGGGGCCAGGCAGUGACUCACUGCUCCUGUCACAUGCUGCACAGCAUUUAAAAAAAUAGAAUGAACAUCUGGCUUCUUCCACUGCUGCAGAGUCCAGAAAAACCGCACAAUUACUUCCAGAUAUGACAGAACGCUGUGCCUUCGACAGACGACUUCUUCAUUCAAAAGGUGACGCAGUAUAUUAGGGCUUCGGGAUUAAUGACUGUUUUCAUUAAUACUUAAAAGCUGUUACUUUUACACAAUUAACCCUUUUUUACGGAAGCCAAUCAGAUAUCUUUCUGGGGAAGUAAGCAAAAAAUUAACACAUUUGAUUUAUCACCUUGACUGCAAACAGUCUUCAGCGUCGCUGGUGCUAUGUAGCUGAAUUUAGAUGUUAAAUGUUUAAACCAUUCAGGGAAGCAGCAGAGCAACAAAGUGCCUCAAAACCUCAAGCACCUCUGCAGAGUGUUUGGUUUUGUGGUCUGCACAAGUGUGCAAGCAGAGUCCUCAAGUUCUGUCAUGGACAGAUGGCUUUACAGCAACUGGGUUGUGGGAGAGGAAUAACUUUUCAUAUCCACAAGCUAAUAGUCUGUGGCAACCACCGAUUGCCAGUUUGCUGUCCAUUCUGACAGCAUGAGAAUGAACUUAUGGGUGUCUUCGGCCUGCUCCCAGUGCUGGCACCGAACAAUGUGUUUGUCCUAAUGAUUUGGUGAAAAUGCUUGUUUUCUAUUAACCUGUCCUGCAGAACUGCCAGCCAAUUAGUCUGGAAAGAAGAUACAGCACAAAAUUAAUGUGGUGAAGACCCAAACCAAUAGCAGACGUCUAACAAUGUUUAAGGACGUGGUUAGGGUCAUUGAGGACAUACGUGAUUCUUUAGUUAGUGUUAUUUAAACUGACAAUAAAUGUAAUCACAGGUCACAACCAUAUGUCACAGGGAGUCUGGAUGACUUACAGAGGUCUUGGGAAUAACCAUCCUAUUAGACUAAACAAACUUACAGAGUGCAUUUAGUAAAUCAGUGCAACAGAGCACACAAUACAGUGAAGAUUUUUGCCAUUAAACCAAACCUUUGAAAUGAUUAAUGUGUUUCUGGACUUUGGCAGUCUGCCCGCGUGUUUAAGGCCAUCGAUCCAGGGUUACUUCUGUUCUGUUGAUGCAUUAGCAUUCAUUACUAUGGAUGUUUGUACGCUUCGUUAGGUGCCCUAAUCACCAUUGUGGCCCUGUUACAUACAUGAUUCACUGUGAGAGACGUGCAAUAUAUACCAUAAUAGUUCUCUGUCAGAGGAAUAGAAGAAGGUGUGUAAAUGGAAACUAAGCAGUUAUGGAAGUGGGGGAUCCCUUUCUUAAGCUGCAGUGGAUCAGAACUGCUCCAGGCUGGACCGAGUUUUAGGCCGAAACCACAUCGGACUUGCCACAGGAAAUUGCAUCAUAUCCAUGCAUAUGUUUUUUGGGAGGGCCCUCUUAACUUAUGUAAUAGACUACAAGAUUUUUUUUCUUCAACCCACUAUUACCGAAUAUAUUCCUUCCUGCUUGUUGCCUUGCUAUACUUUAAUACAUAAUGUCCUCUUUAGUGAACAUUUUUGUUAUAUUAACAAAAUUAUAGUAUUACAUUUGAGUGGUGAAAGAUUUGAUGGAAACUAUUGAUGUCCAGUAAGCAAACAAAAUCCUGUGGCUUUCCUGACUGAAAGGAACAUGGUGCUGACCUUGGCAAUGCAUGCAGUAUUGUCUACAGAGGGCAAAACAAUGGCUGAACUCCUUGCUGCUAAAAAUGGGUUAAAAAAGAGGAACAAACAUGUUUGAUAGACAUGAAUAUAGCCGGCUGAUAACUUCACACAAUGCCCUUUGCCCAAAGAUUGAAGAGUCCUCUUUUUCUUCCUAGCUGGGAAUGCUACCUAUUAUGUAUUCCCAUUGCAAAAGCAGAAUGCAUGUUCCAAUCAUUGUACACAAGGCGAAUGUCCAUGGACUGAAUUGUAGGCAUAGCAAUGCUAUGGCAUCUAUGUUUGUUUCACUGGUUAACUGCAUUUCAGGUGCAGCUACUUGAGUAUACAGCACUCUCCUAUUCUUGCUGUCCACAAGCGUAUCCGUCUCGAAUUACACCUUACCUGUUUUUUUCUGUUGUGUAAUUCCUAUUUACACACAUGAUUGACUGCCAUCAGAAAAUGUUUAUAAGGUUCAUCCUGUUAGUCUCCAUGCAGGACAGCCAUAUUAGUCACAGUCCUUUGUGGGCCUCAGAUCUGCCAUUUGUAUUGUCUAUUGUUCUCAACCGAAGGAAUUACAUUUUUUUUCAGUAGUGUGCAGAAUGCAUGCAACAUUUCCAUGAUGCCAAAAAUCAAUUUAUUGCUCCUUUCAAAAUAAAUUCUGUUGUUUAAGCA